GAAGAAGAAGAAGACGACUCCCAUGAUGCACCGCACUGCCAACGUAUGCAAACAGGAACAUGGCUACCGGUGCUUAACAUCAGCAGUCCGUCGUUAAACACUCUUCUGUUCGCCUCACACGGUCUGUGAUAAGAUACUAUAUCUACUGAAGAAGAACAGAGUUCAGUAGAGUUGACCGGUGGAGCAGCAGAGCCUCUGAAAGCAGCGUCUUCUCCGUUGUUCAUCAGUCACAGACAGUGUGGGUCGACAUGGCGAGUCCAAGGACCAGAAGAGUUCUGAAGGAAGUGAGAACCGCAGACGAGAAUAAUCUAUGUUUUGAGUGCGCGGCUUUUAACCCUCAGUGGGUCAGUGUGACCUAUGGGAUCUGGAUUUGUCUCGAGUGCUCUGGAAAGCACCGGGGCCUAGGAGUACAUCUCAGUUUUGUGCGCUCUGUCACCAUGGACAAAUGGAAAGAUAUUGAGCUUGAGAAGAUGAAAGCGGGAGGAAAUGGAAAGUUCCGCCUAUUUCUUGAAAUCCAAGAUGAUUAUGAUGCCACCUGGAAUUUACAGGAGAAAUACAACAGUAAAGCUGCUGCACUCUUUAGAGACAAGGUUGUAACUUUAGCAGAGGGUAAGGAGUGGUCCAUUGAGACAUCCCCUGCCAGAAACUGGACAUCUCCACAACCCAAGACCAGCCUUUCAUCCUCUCAUCGCCCUGGAGGACCGGGACAAAGCUCAGCAAAAUCUGGCGACAAAGCUUUUGAAGACUGGUUGAGUGAUGACGUUAACUCAUAUCAGAGCGGAGGGGGCUACAGUGGGAAUCAAGAGAACCGGUAUGUUGGCUUUGGCAACACAGUGACCCCAGAGAAGAAGGAGGAUGACUUCAUGAACAAUGCCAUGUCUUCUAUUUAUUCAGGUUGGAGCAGUUUCGCUGUUGGAGCUAGCAAAUUUGCUACUAUCGCUAAAGAUAAUACAUCUAAACUGGCAAACCAAGCAACCUUAAAGUUAAAGGGCUAUAAAGCACCCCCAGAACCGGCCACAGAGUUAGGACAGACAUUAAAUGAGAAUGUUAUCAAACCCACCACAGAAAAGGUAAAAGAUGGCAAAUUGCUAGAUGAAAUGGCAGUCGGCAUCACUGAGCUGGCAAGCAAGGUUCAGGGAGCUGGUUCAAAAUUGACUAAUCUAUUCUCGGGAAAACCGGAGGAUGGGUCUACUGGAGAGAGCUACCAGAACAUGGAUGCCACUGAGGGAUAUCAGGGCAGUUCUAGCCAGCCUGCCUCAAAGGACUUCUGGGAAACCUUUGGCAGCAACAACUCCUUAAAGGCCAAGAAAUCCCCCAGCAGCGACAGCUGGACCAUCCCAGAUAAUUCUGCAAAGAAGAGCUCUGACAGUUGGGACAAUUGGGGCUCCGAAGCGGCGUCCAACAACAAACACAGCACAGAGGAGAGCUGGGAAGCCUGGGACAACAACUGGGAGAACGCAGAGGGUAAGACGAAGAAGAGUCCCACAAAACCUGCUGAGGAAACCUGGGAUAAUGCAGACUGGUAGUGACCUCACAACCAUACAUCUCCUCACCUGUUCCCCACUCUGGCCUUCUCCCUCUGUCUCUCUCAGUUCAUCUCACUGGCACUUUUAGGGAAAGAGCUGCGUCAGCUCAGUCCCUGUCAAUCCAUUCAAAAAUAUAUUUAUUAUAAAAGAGGCCCAGGGUUAAGUUGAGCUCAUCAUCAAAGUAAUAUUCUUAAAAUGUACAACUAUACUGACUUUCAGUCGUAUUUUAUUGUAAAUUACCUUCAUCACAAGCAACGAAGAAGAAAUCAGUGUAGAUAUGGCCAUAACUUUCUGCCUGGGCUCCCCAAAUAAAUAUAAUACUCUUAAUGGUGAAUAAUCCAGUGAUCAUACGGUAUGGGUUUACUGAUACUGGUUCUCAAUUCACUACAUAAAAAACAUGCAUGACAGAGAAAAUCUGACAGUGUAAAUAUAAAUCCUUGUAAAUACAGUAUGAUUGACUAAACACUAAUGACAUGAUUUUCUGUUUGUUCAAUCAAAGUUCUGCCCCUGGACCUUUUGCACAUUUUCUUGUAAAAUUGAUUUUGAAAAGCAUUUUUGACAGAAUUAGAGCUCUUUCCAUGCUGUACUCACAAAAUGUUACAUUAAACAAAGGAACAAAUAACCACUGUAACAAAUUGGCCAUCAUUAAUCAAGUGUGUGUGAAUAAAUAUGUAAAUUUAAAUGAACUCAUCUAAUGUGUAAUGACUUGGAGCUAAAUGACCAUUUUAUAGUAUAAUUUCCUUCAUUUUUUUUGGUUAAAAUGUGCAAAUAGUCAAUGGGUUUGAAGCAGAGAGCUGCUGAUACAUUAUCAUGUUAUCAAGACCAGAAAAUGGACAGGAUGCUUAAAAGUAAACAAAUAAAGUUUAUCAAUAAUUGCCCCUUUUUAAUUGUAAAAUUGUUAAGUUACUUUAGGAUAAAUACAUUUUUCACAUCGGUGUCAUGCUGACUUAAACUGUAUUUUAAUUUAACAUCAGCGAGCUGUUGAAACUAAUUCUGAUUGAUUGAUACAAUAUUGUGAUUGUACUGUCACUUUUCUCCAUCCUCAAAGUCUGUUGUUAACAACAGCUCAAGACCUGUCUGCGACUCCCAUUCAAACAAUCAUUGCAAAGUUCAAAUAUUCUUUUAAGCACAUCCCCAACAUCAUUUUAGGAUUAUUUUUUGUUAUGCAACUACUCAAGUAAUGUUAUUUUAUACUGUAACAUUAAGCAAGGUAUCACAUUGUUUUUUUUUAUUUUACAUUUUAAAUUGAUCUGUUAGGGUUGAAAAUUAUCAGGAAAAAAAAGGUCAGAAAUCAAAUUGUGAAGCAUUAAAUUACAAUAAAAUGUCCCAAUACCUGCAAAGAGUUAUUGAUCUACUGGGGGAUUUAUUGUAAUAUUAUGCCAUGUAUUUGUUUUUUUCUUUUUCUGAGGCUGGCUGAUACUAUUUUAAUUAAAACGUUCAAAUUUGAGUUCACACAGUGAGGACGGACUGAAUUCACUCAUUCUUUUAUGAAUCCAGCUGAUGCUCAGAAACAGUGAAUAAUGUCUCAUAUUAUGAAAGCCACUUGUUGGACAUCAGCAAUUGUGCAAUCCAUAAUUUUGCAAUUUUAUUUUCAAGAUGUAACAUUUGGUAUUUUUAAAUUAUUGGUGUCUAAUGAUUAUAUAUACAGUUUAUUGUAGAUAAAUACACACAAAAGUCCCUCAUUGCCGGGUAAUGAUAUUCUGUAUGUACUGUAUGCGAGUGUGGAGGUUGUGUUUCAAUACGUUAACUGCAUGGUGUUGCCUGUCAGCCUGUAACUUGUGACCUCAACUGAACUGACAGGUCAUUGUAAAUUUCAUGUCGUAGGAAACAACUCUGUGUGAUUUGAUCCGUUCUCCUCGUCUGUGUUAUUGCAGCACCUCGGUCAUUAUGUAUCGUGAGGAUUGUGGUGUUACAGAUAUCUUCACACUCUGUAUCAACAUCUAAAUUGUGGAGUAAUGUUAAUGAGGCUCAUUAUAUGCUGGAUGCUUAGACGGUCAUAGCUUUCACAACACUUGUUAUGAAUUAAUUUGGCAGCUGCACUCCCAUUGUUCAUUGUAGAUGCAGAUGUAUCAUGAAAAGCUCAUUAUUUUAACAAGUGGGAAUGUAAUCAGUGUGAAAUUGGGUAUUUUACAAGCCUCUGGUAAUCUUAAAAUUCAAAUGAGCUGUUCAGAAAUUGUGCAGACCCUAACUUCCCUAUGUGGCCUUUAAUUCCCUACAACAUAAGCUGUUGUAACUUUAUCAUACUGUAAAUGACUGUAGAGUUUAAUUUGCCUGUACAUGUAAUAACCUACAGAUACCCAGUCCUCAUAGAUGAUGCCUACAUUUAUUUAACAUUUUACAACAGAUGAUGAAGUUAAUAACUAAUAUCAGAAGACAUUUUAACGUAAUUCUUUGAGGCUUGGUGUUUUUGAGAUCAUGGGCCAGUAGUUAAAGGUGCUAAAUGCGAUAUCCAGAGUAUUAAUAUCGCAUCAAAUAACAAAUUGCUAUGUAAAGAUAUAGAGGAGUAAUGUCUACCUGAGCAGAGAAUGAAGUCACUCUCCCUCUGUGUGUGUUGUAAUGUGAGCUUCUCUGUUCUUUGAUGACAUAGCCGGGCCAGUCGCGCGGGCUUUUAGUGCUUGUGAGCAUGCCCCACUGGCUAGCUCACGGCCGCCACCCUGCCUUCUCUCAUACGGCGGUUACAGCUGAUAACGGCGUCCUGACCAACGGUUAACACUGUUAGCUGUCAGCACUGUUGCCAUUGUUUCCACCGUUCGCUCCCAAUCUCGCAUUUAGCACCUUUAAUUAUUAACUGCUCACAGAGCAGUCUACCAGUGCAAUAAAGCUGCUGGAUUGCUGUUUGUUAUUAGGGUGUUAUAACACUUUGCUGUACUUCUGUAGGCAGUACUCAUUGGGCUUCAUGAUUGGUAAAAGUUAUAUUUUAUUAUCACAGGUUUUAACGUGUGAAGGCUAAUUCCUGGGAACUUUAUUCCAUGCCCAUUUCCUACCUCCAAGAAGUCUUCAGUUUACGGCAGAGUUUUUGAACAUGCCUUUUUUUCCUGAACCUUUCAGCAUUGUUUUGCUGUAGACCCUCAUUUAGUCUUUGCUGAAGGAAGUGUGUCAAAGCAAAGCAACAGGUCUACGGCGUUGGUGUGUUCUCAGUGACGAUGCAAUGACGUAAAAAAAACGAUCACUCCUGGAAUAUUUGUGUCGCUGAACCUCUGCAGUCAUGUUUGUGUUUGUCUGGUCAUGUGUUUAAAAUCCGCUGUGAUUGCUUCCUGUUGAUACUGAUGUCAGUUUGCUCGUGUGUCUCUGAUGCAGUGCGGUGUACAUGUCAGUAAAACCACCAUCAAAUAUAUAUUGUUACCCCUCAGCCUUCCCUACUUGAUCUUUAUGUCAGUUAUUAUUUUUUUUAAUUUUAACUUUAUGAUGGCAUGACAUAAAACAUAUAAACUGCCAGGAAAUGAAUGAAAGACUUUGUGCUGUGAUAUCUCACGUUUUAAAAAGGGGAAAUAUUUGAACAGCAACUUGUCUGAAAUCUGUAAGAGCUCAUAGUUCUGACUUUUUUAUUGGUGAAUGUUGGGGUUUCCGCUACACUUGAUUCACGGAUAAAUUGCAGAAUGUGCUAUUGACUGAAAUGCAUCCAAUAGGUCUUGAUUUAAGGUAAUGAUUUUUUUAUUUUAUUUUUUAUAAACCCGAUGUAAUCUGAAGCUAAUUCUAAACUUUCCAGAGCAGCAGUUUGGCUCAGUGUCUGUGCCUGUCGAACAUUUGAGAUUGGGUGUGUCCGUGUUUGUUGAUGAAACUGUUAUGUCAGAAAUACUAUUUUUGAUGUCAUGCAUGAGAUGUAACGUGGAGCUAAAUGCAUUCAGCUGUUGUUUGAUUUUCCUCAGUGAAUUUAAGUGCAGUUGUCUGCUUGCCCCUUCACCAGCAGCCAUCCCAUGAGGUGAGCCAGUGUUACCUACUCAGUUGAGGCUGUGGAUAUUUUACCUGUACACAUGGUUUCUGUGUUCAAUAAAAAUGUAUUGUGCCGUGAAUGCCAUUUGCUGCCUGUGUGGUGCAGAAUCUACAGAAGCAUUUGUUGACCCUGUUCAGGAGAGAAACUUGACGCACAACAUGGUUAAGUUGAUUUAAGUUUUCUUCAGCGAAAUAAAAAAUGUUAGGGAAAAGGGUUGCUUUGGAUUAAAGUUGUUAAAUGA